UGAAUAGAUGGAGCCUCCUCCAAUAGUUGAAGUCUUCUAUGAGGAAAAGGGUAAUUUUGGAAACAACUUACAUGUUAAUAUUGACAGACAGCAAGCACAUUUCACAUUAUACUUAGAUCUUCUUCCUUCACUCAAUCAAGUUUUGACUUUAUUUGGAGUUUCUCCAAAAUGAGCCGGCCAAUGGAGGAAGAUACUGUGGGUAAGAAUGAGGAAGAGGAGUUCAACACUGGACCGCUGUCCGUACUCAUGAUGAGUGUUAAAAAUAAUACUCAGGUACUGAUAAAUUGUCGGAACAACAAAAAGCUUCUGGGUCGUGUAAGGGCUUUUGAUAGGCACUGCAACAUGGUUCUUGAAAAUGUGAGGGAGAUGUGGACUGAGGUGCCAAAAACUGGUAAAGGAAAGAAAAAGGCCCAGCCAGUCAACAAGGAUAGAUUCAUCAGCAAGAUGUUCCUCCGUGGAGAUUCUGUCAUCAUUGUUCUUAGGAAUCCCAAAUGAGAUUCUAUCAUCAAUUAUUCGCGUAGACAUUAGCGGAGGAUGUAGUUGGUCAUUUGAUGAGGACGCCCUGGAUCUUUUAUGUACCCAUUAACGUGUACAUCUAAUGUUUUGUAUGGAUUAAAAUGUAAAGUUUUAUUUGUUUUUUUUUUUGUUCUUGCGUAAUUAUGCUGGAUUAUUGAAUAUUGAAGGAGACUAUCAGUUUGAUCCUUCGAUAUCACCCUCUUUCUUGUUUUAUUUUUUUAAGUAAUAAGAUUAUAUAUAUAGUUUUUAAGUAUUGAAUAUUUAUUAAAUCCCUAUGUUAACAUA